GAGUUGUAGUACGAAUCCGUCAGGCCGGAACCAUGGCAGUGACCAAGGAGCUCUUACAGAUGGACCUGUACGCGCUGCUAGGCAUUGAGGAGAAGGCAGCGGACAAAGAGGUAAAGAAGGCGUAUAGGCAGAAGGCCCUCUCCUGCCACCCAGACAAAAAUCCAGAUAAUCCCAGAGCAGCUGAACUCUUCCACCAGCUUUCUCAGGCCUUGGAGGUGCUGACCGAUGCUGCAGCCAGGGCUGCAUAUGACAAGGUCAGGAAAGCCAAGAAGCAGGCAGCAGAGAGGACCCAGAAACUUGAUGAGAAAAGGAAGAAAGUGAAGCUUGACCUGGAGGCCCGGGAGCGGCAGGCCCAGGCCCAGGAGAGUGAGGAGGAAGAGGAGAGCCGGAGCACCAGGACACUAGAGCAAGAGAUCGAACGCCUGAGAGAAGAGGGUUCCCGGCAGCUGGAGGAACAGCAGAGGCUGAUCCGGGAGCAGAUACGCCAGGAGCGCGACCAGAGGUUGAGAGGAAAGGCAGAAAAUACCGAAGGCCAAGGAACCCCCAAACUAAAGCUAAAAUGGAAGUGCAAGAAGGAAGAUGAGUCAAAAGGUGGCUACUCCAAAGACGUCCUCCUACGGCUUUUGCAGAAGUAUGGUGAGGUUCUCAACCUGGUGCUUUCCAGUAAGAAGCCAGGCACUGCUGUGGUGGAGUUUGCAACCGUCAAGGCGGCGGAACUGGCUGUCCAGAAUGAAGUUGGCCUGGUGGAUAACCCUCUGAAGAUUUCCUGGUUGGAGGGACAGCCUCAGGAUGCCGUGGGCCGCAGCCAUUCAGGACUGUCAAAGGGCUCAGUGCUGUCAGAGAGGGACUACGAGAGCCUCGUCAUCAUGCGCAUGCGCCAGGCGGCCGAGCGGCAACAGCUGAUCGCACGGAUGCAGCAGGAAGACCAGGAGGGGCCGCCUACGUAGCCCUGGCUCCAGCCACCUACCCCUCAGCCCUUUUCGUCAACGUCACCAAUAAAUUUUUUUUUUUUAA